UAAAUUGUAAAUACUUUUGUUGGUGUCCUUAAAGUUGACGGACCUGGAGAAAUGUUUCUCCUAAGGGUGUGAAGCUCUCAGCAGAAUAAACAGCUUGACAACCGCCUUUGCGUUUGACAACUCAAUGAAGCUACUGUCACUAGUUGGUGUGAAUAGAGACGAAUAAAUGGUGCUUCAUACAUGGCUGUAGCAGCCUACAGACUUCAGAGUCUCUAUCCCAGUGUGGCACACAUCACUUGCCUUGCACACGCAUUGUACAGAGCUGUAGAAGAGGUGAAAUUAAAUUGCACUGAUGUAAGCCAACCGAUCUCCUCUAGCAAGAAAAUCUAUGUGAAAUCUCCACUAAGAGUACAAAAAUUAAAGAACAGGGGGCUUCCCUCCAUUUCCCCCUCAGCUUGUACUUACACAAUGAGGUUCUUGGGUUAAUGUUGUUGAGUAUUACUGUACCUAUUACACCAAAACAAGACGAUCUUUUCUGAGCCUGAUAGUGAUUAAUAAAGUGCUAUCAGAACUGCCAAAGAGUUCUUUACAGAUACGUUGUCUCUAAACUUGACAUACAUCAACGCGCUGUGUCAUCCGAACAAGACACAGGUGCAAAGAUGCGAGCUGGUGCCAGUGCCAUAGAGACUCUCCACUUGCGCGAGUUCCACCUGCGCCACGUCGGCGCUGAGCAUGGAGGUAAGAAUAGAGGGAGACGCCGUGAUGUCACAGCUGUGAAGCUAUGUGAAGCCGAGGGUAGCCAUCUCAAUCCGACCAAAACAUUGCUGCUGUAAGCUUGUGUGCAUAGGCUGGUCGCUCACUUUUGGAAGGAUUUUGCGCUAUUAUGGUGACUUGUGUGGUGUUCGGAUGUACGAAUCUUUCUGAUUGUGAUGCGAAAUCGAAGGGAAUAACAUUUCAUGUAUUUCCUAAAAAUGAAAGUCGGAAAGCUCUGUGGGAGAAUGCCGUGAGGAGGAAGAAUUGGUGUGCGUCUAAAUGGAGCACUAUAUGUUCUCAGCAUUUCCGAGAAGAGGACAUAGACUGAACUUCCGUUUCAACAGUAAGGCUCCGAGAAAAUGCUGUACCAUCAGUUUUCCCUACACACCCAAAACAUUUGCAAAAGGAUUGUCAGUGAACAUGGCGUUAUCGUUUGAACAAAGGAAAUGGAUGCUAAAGUGUUACUGGAAAACAGAGAAUUACAGAGUUGGAAGGGCACGAUAUAAUGAAAUCAAUUGCCUAUCAAUGUAUGUGUCAAGGUCUCACUGCAAUAUUGUGAAGAAAGACAAAGGAUUAUACAUAAUAGAUGGUGGGAUAAAUUAUGUUGUAAUGCGAGGUUUUAAUGAAGAUGAAGUGUGCAGUUUUGUGGAGUUAACAAAAGAGAAAAAUGUUGAUGUAAGAUUUAUCGAGUACAUGCCUUUCAGCGGCAACAAAUGGAAUGAUGGGAACAUGGUCUCAUUUAGUGAAAUGCUCCAAAUAAUUAGAAAGCAGUGGCCUAAUUUUGAUCCUCUUCCCAAUGGGCCCAAUGAUACCUCAAAGAGAUGCAAUACGAAGCAAAUGCAGUGAGGAUGACUUGCUUGCCAUGAUUGGGGCAGCAGUGAGAAGAAAGAAGAAACAACAUGGAGGCAUGCUGAACCUGUCAAAGACGAAGAAUCGGCCAAUGAUUCAUAUUGGAGGAUAACAGUGGCCCUGAACUUAAUGGCUGUAGUGAUGUCGUGAAGGCACAAAGUCGGAAGUUGUUAAACCUUCAGAAACAAGAUUUUCAAAAGUACUUCUUCUCAGAUACCAAUAUUUCGCCCCUGUUUGUGUCGGAUACAUAGAUGUCUCAGUUGUUGUCACAUAAUUUGAGUGUAGUGACUGAAUCUAGAAAACAGUUUCUUUUGCUUCCCUGUACCCCAAGCAUUAUGUGCAAUGCAGGACUCCUAACAAGACAAACACACAGAGCACAGCCCUCUGUCUUCUCUUGCCAUUUCUGCAGUUUGGGAGCACAGUCCGGAAGUCUGACUCAUGUUGACCGGACCGGCAGGGCGAAAAUGGUCAACGUGGGUUCGAAGCUGGUGACAGCAUGAGCAAAGGUUUUUGUGGGACCCGAACUGAUGAAACUCGUACGAGAAAAUGGCCUGAAGAAAGGUGACGUACUUAGCAUUGCUCGCCUGGCGGGAAUUGUGGGGUCCAAGCAGACGUCCAGCCUUAUCCCUCUGUGUCAUAACAUAACUUUAUCCUCUGUGGCUGUGGACAUUGAACUGGACUCUGCUCUCAACUGUGUGAUUAUAACUGGCACGGCAAAGUGUAGAGGGCAGACGGGCGUGGAGAUGGAAGCUCUCACUGCUGUAUCGGUGUCUGCCUUAACAGUGUAUGAUAUGUGCAAAGCUGUGAGUCAUGACAUUGUGAUAUCUGAAAUAAUGCUUCUGGCCAAAAGUGGGGGAACUAGAGGAGACUUCCACCUGACAUGAGCAUCUGUUUGGGUUGUAAUAUUUGACAUUGCAGCUUUUGAAAAUGGAGCAGGAUGUUGUGCCCUCUUUCCUAUUGGAGUGUUUCUCUGUGAUCAGAAUUGGAGGCAGACAAUUCACUUGAACUUCCAUUGCUGUUGU